AUGCGGCUGCCAUGGGCUCUGCUGCUUCUCUGUGUCCCAGGCUCUUGGUCUCUGAGCGGCCCCCGUAAUGUGACUGGCACCGUGGGCGGAUCGCUGAGCGUGCAGUGUCGGUACAAGAAGGAGUAUGAGGCCUUCGACAAAUACUGGUGCCGACAGCCAUGCUUGCCUCUGUUCUCCGAGACCAUAACAACCAAUGCUUCCGGGAGAGAGGUGAGGAGUGGCCGUGUGUCCAUCCUGGACCAUCCUGGCAACCUCACCUUCACCGUGACCUUGAAGAACCUCACUGCAGACGAUGCAGGAAAAUACAGGUGUGGGAUUUCCACGUUCCUGAUGGAAGAGGGGCUUCCCGGCUUCUUGCCUGAACCCUUUUUCCAGGUUCAAGUGUUUGUUUCCUCAGCCUCCAGCAGCAAAAGCUCUGCAAGGACGCCUGGACCUCCCAGCCGAGACCCAGGGUCCCUGUUCAGCAGUGUCCACUUCCUGCUCCUCAUAUUCCUGAAAAUACCUCUGUUUCUGAGCAUGCUCAGUGCUGUCCUCUGGGUGAACAGGCCUCAGCGAGCAACUUCUGAGGAAACACAGUUUGGCUAA